AUGGGCUGCUCGUCAAGUGCCUCGAUUUCGGUACGUGGUGAUGAGUUUGGAGGCAAGCAGUCUGCACGUGUGGAACCAGUGGACUGCAGCGUCAACUUCAAGGACGGCAAGGAGGUUGCCUGCGACUACAAGGAGGCGAUGCAAAGCUUUGAGUCGAUGGUGACAUGUACUGACGGCAGCGCAAAUCAUCCGGGGCGGCCAACGAAGGCCACCCACAAGCGGCAUGUAGCGAAGCUGAACGAUUUCCUGAAGCAGGUCCAUGAGGAUCCGGACCUGUUGAACAAGGACGUGAUCCUGCGGAGGAUCGUGGAGAUGUAG